AUGACUUCUUCUUCUCAAAACAAUUUAGACGAAGCAUUUGAUGAUGCAUUUGAUGAGCUCUUUGAUCAACACCUUGAUCACGCCUUUGAGAAUUUAACCAUUCGAGUUGAUCAAGAAGAACGAAGGAAAAAAAACGAGCUUAUAUCGAAAGACAUCGUGAAGAAGGGCAUACUCGUUUAUGGAAUGAUUAUUUCAGUGAUACUCCAACGUAUGUCUGAGGAGUUACCAAAGCGGUUGUUUAAGCCGGGUGAAGAGACCCAAGUGCAUCAGAUCAAUAACAACUGCAAGAUGGUACGCUAUUUCAAAAGAUUGAUGGAGUGGUUGCCAAAGGAGUUGGAGACAGUGAAGAAAGAUCCUGUUUUUGCUCAGAUUUUUAAGCUGUUCGAUAAUGGUUUGGGAUUCUCGGCGAGAGUGAUACACGGCUUCUUGUGUAGGGAGCUGUUGACUUACAAAGAUCAUGAGCUCUGGUUUGUCUUUGCGAGAAGACCUCUCCGAUUUUCAUUGCUUGAGUUCCACGCAGUUACCGGGCUUCAGUGCGAUACUAGUCUCUCACUUAAGGAGUUGGUUGACUGGGAUGAUGAUGGUGGUUUCUGGAGCUUAGUGAUCAGGACAAAUAAGGGGAUUUCUAUUUUCGAGCUGUGGGAACAUCACAGGGCAGCUGUUAAGAAGUGGAGUAAUGCUGAUCGAAUCAGGCUGGUGUAUCUUUGCAUCAUUGUUUGUAUGGUUUGCGGGAGAGAUGAGAAGGCACCUAUCCCCAUCAAGUACGUGAAGUUGGUGAUGGAUCUUGAGCAGGUUCGAAACUACCCUUGGGGAGUUGCUUCUUUUGACCUUCUAUGCGAGUCAAUAGCUGAAAAACGAGAUAAACUGAAGGAGAAUCCAAAGAGUUACGUGUUAGAUGGCUUCACCUACGGUCUUCAGAUAUGGGCUAUGGAAGCAAUACCAAAGCUUGGAAAGCUCUGUGGAAGAAAACUGAACAAAAGUUUUAAGAACGGUCCUAGAUGUGUAAACUGGAUGGGAGCUGCAAAGAUUUCGUACGAGGAGCUCAACAAGUUGGAGAACAUCUUAACACCCAAGGAUGACAUAUAUCCAUACAUCUCGUGGACAGGGAAUUAUACAGUGUGUGAAAGUCUUCAAUUUAGCAGACGAGAUGAGGUGGAGGAUGAUAGAGUCAAGCUUCUCAUGCAGAUGAUAAUGAAGCAGUUUGACUUCAGUGGUCAUAAUUGGGAGUACGAAGAGACACCGGUCUUUUCUUUUGGGGUUGAUAACAAAGAAGGUGAGAAGGAGAAAGUAGCUACGCAUGAGGGAGAAGGUGGGAGUGAUAAAGAGCCUAACGACAAGGAUGGUGAAGGUGGGAGCGAUGAAGCAAGUGGGAGCGAUGAGGAGUUUCAAACUCCAAAAGGAUCAGCAACCAUAAGGGCGAGAGAUACAAAGGGAAAGAAGGGGCUCCCUGAUCGUGGAAUGGAAAAAAGGAAGCAUAAGGUCCUACAUACUAGACCACAACAGGCGCCCUUUGAUGAAGAUAUGAAGACUUUUGUGACGCAGUUGUUUCAGCAAGGUUUUGCUGCGAUGGAAGAGAGGCUAGAGAAAAAGAUGGAUGAAAAAUUUGAGGGAGUGCAGUCUGAGCUUAAAAAUUCCCGUGGGGAUUCAACCGUCCAAGCUGAGCAUGGAGAUCCAUCUGCGAGCAAGCCAGCGCCUAGCCACCCAUCGCCUAGCAAGCUAGCGCCUAGCAAGCCAGCGCCUAGCAACCCAUCGCCUAGGAAGCCAUCUCCUACGAAGCCAUCGCCUAGCAAGCCAUCUCCGAGGAGGUCCAAACGCUUGGAUGUAAAUUUCAGUCAAGCGGAUGAUAUGGACGAACCAAUAGGUACGCAAAGCCUUGAAGGACUUUCUCAAGCCUCGUACGUACCCGAUUUUGAUCCAUCACAGACCAAUAACGACAACGAUGCAAGUGAUUGGUGGACUCCAAUGACUACUGUCCGGAAACUACGAAAAGGUGGAUCAAAGCAAUCAAAUGCACCUCUAACAUCGGCAAAGUGGGAUAGAUGGACUGGAGGACCAAGCAAGAAGCUUCAGCUUAGUGACUCACCAAUGGCAGCUGACGGUUCUCCACAGGCGUCACUGUAUUAUUUCACCGAAGAAUCGUGGGAUAGAUUCACGAAAUGGUCUACGAAUCCACCAGCUUUGAGGAUUGGUCCCUCUGUCUUUAAUUUGACCUUCGCACAGAGAAUAGUUUGUGCUGGAAAAUGGCUUGGAAACGAGGAAAUGGAUGCGAUGUUGUAUAUAUGGCGAGAGAAGACAUCUUUGAGGCGUUGGAAUAUAGACCGUGUUGCUUUCAUGAACGCCAUGUUCUGCCUCCAGAUCGAGAAAGAAUACGAGAAGUGUAAAGACGACAAAAGAGGCUACGUAGUACCCGAUCUUCUUCUUGCUUAUGGGAGAGGAGAGUUUCCAUCUCAUGGGCGGACUAAUAGAGUUUGGGGUGUCGAUGUUGAUCGUCUCUACUUUCCUCUGUUUGUCAAUGGUAAUCAUUGGGUUGCUGUAUGCGUCAACAUGAUUGAGAAGAAAGUGGAAGUCUAUGAUUGCAAUCGGGGAAGGAAUAGGCAAUACGUAGAGAAGUUUGCUUGUAUGAUUCCUAGAAUUGUCAAGGCAGUUGGUCCACCGAAGAGCAAGUUACUCCUUACAUCCUAUUCGAUUGUAGAUAUGCCUAUGCAGACAAGAUUGAACAAGUCUUGUGCUGAUUGCGGGGCAUUCGCACUCAAACACUUGGAGUGCAUCCUUCUUGGUCUCGACCUCAGUUUAGUGGAAGACGGAAUAAUGCCUGGUUGCCGACAGAAAAUUGCUUAUGAUAUAUGGGAGGCUGCCCAUGAUCCCAUUUUAAUCCAGCUUAUGGCACAACACAUCCCUUCGGAUUUUGAGAGUUCUACUUUUUAUGACCUUGAAGAAGACUGA